AUGGCGACCGCUGGCGGAGUGGAGGAGGCGGCGGAGCUGUCGGCGCUGCUGGACGCGGGCGACGCCGCCGUCGUGACGCUGGUGGCGGGCGGCACGCGGCUGGCGGCGCACCGCGCCGUGCUCGCCGCCAGGAGCCCCGUGUUCGCCGCCCUGCUGAGCCGCGCCGGCGCCGCCGCCGGCCAGGUGGAGGUGCGCGGCGUGGCGGGCCCGCUGCUGCGCCAGCUGCUCGCCGGCCUGUACACGCUGCGCGCGCCGCGCCAGCCCGGCGCCGCCCUGCAGCUGCUGGAGGCCGCCGACAGGUACGGCGUGACGCAGCUGGCGGCCGACUGCGAGCGGCUGGCGGCGGCGCAGCUGCGCGUCGAGACGGCGGCGGCGGCGGCCGUGCUGGCCGUGACGCGGCGCUACGCCGGGCUGGCGCGCGCCGCCGUCGCCUUCCUCAGGGCGCACGUCUCGCGCGUCGUGGGCACGCGCGGCUGGGCCGACGCCAUGCGCACGCAGCCCGACGCCCUCAUCGAGGUGAUCCGGCGGCUGGCCGACACGCCGGAUGAACCCAGUGCGCCAGCCGCCGAGGACAGCGGGCCCGCCGCAGCCGUCGCCGCCCGUCGUCGCCCGCGGAGGGACCGCGUCUGGACUACCGCCGCCCCCGCCCCGCCCCCGCCUGCCCGCCGCUCUUCGCCGCCCGACGGCGACGCGGUGCCUCGCAAACGUGUGGCGGCCGCAGCAGGCAGCAGUCCCACGACCGGCCCUCUCUCGCAGCCACUCAGCGACCACAGUCAGACUCCCACUACAGCUACACAUAACGUGGCCGCCGACAGCACUCCCCCACCUGAUGACGCAGCAGUCUCCCCCAUGCGUGUGGCAGCCGCAGCUUGCAGCAGUCCCACGCCCAGCCCUCCCUCCCAGCCACACAGCGACCACAGCCGGACUCCCACUACAGCUGCACUGAACAUGGCCGCCGACAGCACUCCCACACCUGAUGACGCUGCAAUCUCCCACAUCCGUGUGGCAGCCGCAGCAGGCAGCAGUCCCACGCCCAGCCCUCUCUCGCAGCCACACAGUGAUCACAGCCGGACUCCCACUACAGCUGCACAUAACGUGGCCGCCGACAGCACUCCCACACCUGAUGACGUCGCAAUCUGCCACAUCCGUGUGGCAGCCGCAGCAGGCAGCAGUCCCACGCCCGGCCCUCUCUCGCAGCCACUCAGCGACCACAGCCGGACUCCCACUACAGCUACACAUAACGUGGCCGCCGACAGCACUCCACCACCUGGAGAGGCAGCAGUCUCCCCCAUGUGUGUGGCAGCCGCAGCAGGCAGCAGUCCCACACCCAGCCCUCCCUCGCAGCCACACAGCGACCACAGCCGGACUCCCACUACAGCUACACUGGACGUGGCCACCGACAGCACUCCCCCGCCUGAUGACACAGCAGUCUCUCUCAUGUGGAGUCUCCCUGGAGAGGAGAAGAACCAGAGGCUGAUCCAGGCGGCUCAGGAGGGCGCAGCCAGUCAGCUGCGUUCACUGCUGGCGGCCGGGGCGGACGUGGGGGCGAGGGAUGGGGACAUGAUGACCGCCCUGCACUGGGCAGCACUCGGGGGAUACGAGGAGGCAGUCGCGUGUCUGCUGCAGGCCGGUGCAGAGGUCGAUGCCAGGAACAACACGCAGGGCACACCUCUGCACUUUGCAGCGUUCUUCGACCACGCACCUGUGGUGCGGCAGCUGGCGGCGUCCUGUGCUGACCCGAACGCCAGGAGCAAUCACGGGGUGACCCCACUGCAUUUGGUGGCAUUCAAUGGCCACGUAGAGGCGGCGGCGGCACUCCUGGAGGCAGGGGCCGACAGAAGGGCCAGGACCAGCGACGGGGAGACGCCGCUGGACGCCGCCAGGCAGAACAACCACCGUCAGCUGAUAGACAUGCUAAGAUGGAGCUAGAGUGAUAUAAAAGUGUUUCACUACACGACUUCUCAUUGCUUUCAUAGUAAAGAAUACAAGAAAGUUAAUUCUGCUUAUUCUGUGUGCCCAUGUCCAUGCAGUAUAACUACUCCAUUAACAUAGUGAGAUGUGACUCAUUAUUAGAGAACUACAGCUUAGCAAAUCCUGACAGGGCAAACCAUGUUAUGGAAUUUCAGUCGUGAGCCUAGAUUGACUAGUUUUGUACUUUUUUUCUUUUCAGAUAUGUAAUGUAAAAAAUUUGGACAAUGAACGAUGCAGAAAGGCUCUUGUAAAUGAAUCAUGCGUGCCAGCCUUGCAUAAAUUAUUAAAUGGCGAUAGGUACAACAUUGAAACUACUUUAUUUAAAUGAGUAUGUCUGUACUUAAAUUGGUGAAUGACUGAGAAGAUGAAACUGCUACGUUAUUUGAUUCUGAAA